CAGCCGCAUCUGCCCAGCAACUUACAGUACUGUGGGAAGCUGCGUUCGUCGACCCCCACCUCUAGACAGUAUGUCCUUGCCGUCGGACAGGGUCAAAUGCCGCGUCAGGUGGAGUCAAGAGCUGACACAGAGAGCAGUGAGCAGUUCAGUCAACAGGAGCCACCAGCAAGCAUGAUGAUCUGCCCACCCAAGACAAAAGAAUUGGAGAAGAACAUGGCGGAGAAGGAUGUAGGUGGUGAGUUCCCCACUUUGCCGGUUUAUGUGACUGUCCUGUUCCCCGGAGUAUACUGA